AUGCGACCGAUACGGCUGCCGGAGCCGGAGCCGGAGCCGCCUGGCGGGGCCACGCCGGAGAUCUUCGCCGCGGGCGGAGGCUCGACGGUGGUGCGCCGCGCCGUCGUCAUCGGCAACGGCUGCGCCGGCGCCGAGAACCAGUGCCUCGGCCUCCUCCGCGCGCUCGGCCUCAGCGACCGCCUCACGCUCUACCGUGCUAUCAGGCCAACAGGAGGAAUCAAUAAGUUGCUGCAUUUUCUCCCAAUCUCCUUGCACAAAUUAGUGGACCAAUUUCUCAGACGGGUAUUUUCUGAUACAAGAUUUGCAACAGUGGUUCAAAUAAACAAGUUGGCACAGUAUUCUGCCCGUAACAGUCAAUCUUUUGGAUUGUCUUCCAUACUAGAAGCAGAUACUCAAAAGAUAGUAACCAUGGUCCGUGGUACCUUUGAGAAAGAAGGUCCUGCGCUGGUUGUUGCUUGUGGCCGAGAUACCAUACCAUAUGCAAGUUCCAUAAGGCGUUUAGCUCCAGAUAAUGUAUUUGUCAUUCAGAUACAACAUCCCAGGUCUCGCCUUGGUAGGUUUGAUUUAGUUGUGACUCCUCGUCAUGAUUACUAUGUUUUAACCACAAGGGGACAGCAGGAAGUUCCACGCCUUUUCAGGAGAUGGAUUACUCCACAAGAACCACCUGGUCCUAAUGUGGUCCUCACUGCUGGUGCACUGCACCAAGCAGAUUCUGCUGCAUUACGCUUUGCUGCUGCAGAUUGGCAUGCUGAACUUGCUCCUUUGCCUAAGCCAUUAGUCGUAGUAAACAUUGGUGGACCAACAAGAAACUGUAAAUAUGAUGUAGACCUUGCUAAGCAGCUGGUGAACUCACUGCAUAAUGUUCUGAAGACCUGUGGAAGUGUCAGAAUCUCAUUUUCUAGAAGAACACCUCCACAGAUGUCUGAUGUAGUAUUGAAAGAGUUCAGUACACAUCCUAAGAUUUAUAUUUGGGACGGUGAAGAUCCUAACCCACACUUGGGACAUCUUGCAUGGGCUGAUGCUUUCAUCAUAACAGCAGACUCUAUAAGCAUGCUAAGCGAGGCAUGCAGCACUGGGAAGCCUGUAUAUGUCAUUGGAACCGAACACUGCAGGUGGAAAUUUUCAGAUUUUCAUAACCGUCUACGUGAGCGCAGGGCUGUCCGGCCUUUCACUGGACUGGAAGAUAUGUCAGAUAGCUGGAGCUAUCCUCCCCUGAAUGACGCUGCUGAUGUGGCUGCACGGGUUCGGGAAGUGCUUGUGCAACGUGGAUGGAAAUUGGGUUAA